AUGCCCUCUGAACCAGACAAUGAACACGCUACAAGUGUUUUAUUCCUGGGAAUCGUUGAGGGACUGCUUCUCAUCUCUGUUCUUGGACUGUCUUCUCUGUCCGCCUACUUUCUCUUGCGGACACUAAGCUCGGUAACAGACUCCGACUUCAUCAGCGGCAAGACAGUCAGCUUUGUCCUCUUACCGCUGGCUACCGAUGGACCAGCUCGAGUGGAAGCCAUUGUGGCGGCAUAUCGAAAUAGUAUGACGACAGCGCUGGAAUUUGCAAUCGGUCGAAGCAUGAACGCCGCCUUGUUCAUUACUCCCACGCUGGUCCUCUUCUCAUGGGCAGCUCAGUCCAAUGAGCCCAUGACUUUGCAUUUUCCAACUUUAGAAACUAUUUCCAUUUUUCUGGGUACGCUACUGGUUGCUGAGCUGUGCCGGGACGGUAAAAGCAACUACCUGGAGGGCGCCAUGUGUCUUGUCACGUAA